GGGCAAAGCCCCGGCCGCUGCUACGGCUCACAUGACGCCGCUGCCCCGCGGCGAGAGGGGGCGGACUGGCGGGUCCGGGUGCAAGGCUCUGGGACGGGAGCAGCUAGAGCAGCCGUCCCUCGGGACCCCCCAAGCAGCACCCCGCACCCCUCGGCUCCGGCAGCACGGCAACACCGCCGCCACAGCAAGUGGGAACUUUCUCCGGCUGAAGUUGCUGGGUCCCUUUCCCGCUGCUUCCGUCCUGCCUCCCCCAGAUUUCUCCGUCUCCGGGCUCCCAGCUUCUGUCCUCCUCGUCGGGCCUCUUUGUUCAGCAUCCCUUCUCCCUUGCGUCUCCCCCUCUUCUCCAGCCCUUUCCACUUUUCCCUCCCUCCCCAAGACGUCCUAGCUCUUCCCCUGCAGCCGCUUCACUUCCCAUUCUUACUUCUUUCCCUUCUUCGGCCGGCCCUGCGACAGCAUCUUUCCCGGGCCCCCAUCUCUCCUCCCUCUGCGACUUCCACGAUCUCCUCUCCUUCCCUUGCCUGGCUGUCGGCUCCUGGAAGUCCCUUGGCCCAGGUUCCCUUCGCGCCUCCUCUCCUUGGCCAUGCUGCAGCCCCCGAAGCCUGCGCCCUCAACCCAGGUCUACCCUUCGGAGAAGAUCGUGGUCCUGCUGUCCUGCGUCCUGUCCUUCCUGGGCUCCAGCCUCCUCAUAGGCACCCAUGCCUUGUGGCCGGACCUGAGGAGCCGAGCCCGGCAGCUGCUCCUUUUCUUGUCCCUGGCCGACCUGUUGUCCGCCGCCUCCUACUUCUACGGGGUCCUCCAGAACUUCCAGGACACCACCUGGGACUGCGUGGUGCAGGGAGCCCUCUCCACCUUCGCCAACACCAGCUCCUUCUUCUGGACGGUUGCCAUCGCGAUUUAUUUGUACCUCACCAUCGUCCGCAGCGGCCAGGGCCCCUGGGCUGGGACGCGGCUCCUUUACUGCUUCCACAUCAUCAGCUGGGGCGUCCCACUGGCGAUCACUGCGGCUGCUGUUGCUCUGAAGAAGAUCGGCUAUGACGCCUCCGACGUGUCCGUGGGCUGGUGCUGGAUCAACAUUGAGGUCGAAGACCGGUUGCUGUGGAUGCUGCUGGCGGGAAAAGUCUGGGAGCUGCUGGCGUACCUGGUGCUCCCCAUCCUCUACAUCCUCAUCAGGAAGCACAUCAGCCGGGCGCAUGCUGCACUCUCCGAGUACCGACCCCUAUUGGCCGAGACCCAUGCUUGUCAGCACCGGACCUCGGUAGCCGAUAAGAAGCUCAUUCUCAUCCCCCUCAUCUUCAUCUGCUUGCGGGUCUGGAGUACAGUUCGUUUCAUCCUGACUCUCUGUAAUUCCCCUGCUGUGCAAACCCCUGUGCUGGUGGUCUUACACGGAAUCGGGAACACAUUCCAAGGAGGUGCCAACUGCAUCAUGUUUGUUCUCUGUACCCAAGCCAUCCGAGUCCGGCUCUUCUCUGUCUGCUGCUGCUGCUGCCGACGCCUGACGCCUUCUCUGGAGGAUCCUGAUGGCAAUUACAGGGACCCCUUGCCCUCAAGGACAGGAGAGUCCCAGCAUUCUAAAUAGGCCCCAGCUGACCCACCAAGCACCUGAGUUUCUGGCCCCAGGCCUCUUCAUGGCUAAAUCUUUGGGUGGUUUCUGGUUUCCAGGCACACCCCUUCCCCCUUGAGCGGUGAAUCCCCGCUGGGGGAGGUGACUUUGGGCAGAGGAUUGGGUUGCACAUUGAGUGUGUUUUUGCUGCUCAUAGGUCAUCAGUCUGUGUUCCCGGGCGUGGGGGUGGAGGCUGUAUGCUCCAGUUCCACUGUGUCCUGGAACUCUUGGGCAAUGCUUUCCCAUGUGACCUGCCCCAUGGGAGGUUAGAGAGUUUCUGCCUGCCGAAUACAGACUGGAGCACACACAGAGCUCAGUAGGUGGAGAAGAGGAAGCCAUAUCUCAGGGUCUCACCAGUCUGAUAUUCUGUAUUAUUGCUCUCGGAGGGUCGUACAGAUCAAGGUUUAUUCAUCUUUCUGAAGCUGUGUGCUUUCCUCCGUCAGAGAGCAUGGUGGGGGAGAAGUUGGUGGUAGAUGGAGCCGCCCCCCCUCCCCACAACCAGAUGAUUUCGACCUUCCACUCCACGCCAGGAAACUUGAAAGAAACCUAAUUUUCUCAGUCUCAGUUUACACAAAGUGUUCACCAUUCUAGGAAUUAGCAGGAAGAUUUCUAGGAAGUUUCUGGGUGACUAAUUGCAGCAAAACCCCAGCUGAGAGUGUCUGAUAAGGAACAUUCCAACUGAUAACAGGAGUUGUUUGCUACCAUAACCUGUACUGCUAAUCCCCUUGGGGGGGGGGCAGGGGGGAGGGAUCUUUGCUAGGUCUCUAAGAGACCCCUGAAUCUCCUGAUGCACUUAGCACCCUCUAUGGGAUACUUCUGGCACAGGCACUUGCUUCACACCCCUGUUUGCUGAUCAGAGCUAGACAAAGAAGAGGUGUUUGACUUUUUCCGUGUCAGGAACUCCUGUGGCAGCUUGGGAAAGCUUCUGGACCUCUUUUCCAGCAAAUGUUUUAUAAGUAAUUGCAGGUAAUGCUAAAGUUCAAUAAGAGGUUAAGUGCAAAUAAAGAUGUGUUGUUUUUUUCCUUCUCCAAAUUCACAGACGUCUCCCCAAUACGCUGCCAAAAUUUAUCCACGGACUGGACUUUGGUUUAAGGAGCCCUUUUCUAGAGGCCCCCAUCAUCCCUUUUUAUGAGAAUGGUAUUACAAGAACAUACUUGAAGAGUAAAGUUACUUUUUUGUGGGCAAUGGAAAUCUAGUUCAUUAAGCCUUCUCAUGUAUGUGUUGUGUUUUAUUUUGUUUUGUUUUGUUUGCUAACUCACACUGAUUUUUUUUUUUUUUUUUUGGUGGAAAAAGACAUCCAGAAGGCAGAUGAAUGAAUGACCUGCUAAUUCUUUGAGUCCUCUCCUCCCAUCCCCUAAUAAAUACUGCAGGAUUGGGGGGGGGGGGGCAGGCAAGCUGAAGGUUGAAUAUAGACUUGCUGGCUUGGCGCAUUUGGGGAGGAAGUGAUGACAUGGGCCCCACGGCCAGCCCCUGAAGUUUCAGGGGACAAAAAGACUUGGAAUAAGCUUCUCUGGAUGUAACCACUUAGCCUAACUUCCUCUUCUUUUUUUUUUUUUAAAAUUCCGGAAAGUAAUUACUUCCCCCCUUCCUCUCCACCAACUGCUAUGGCCUCUUUCUCACUCUCUCUCUCCCAGUUAUCUUAACGGAAACUCAGUUUUCUGACAUCCUGGCCACCAAGCAGCCAGCUUGGGCCUAAGUCUGUAUUACCUUCCCAGAGAAAUGGGAUCAACUCCAGCAAAUACCAGGUUGGGCUACGGACUGUUCUGUGGGACAUGGCUAAUAAUAGCUUGUCAAAGUUCGUAAAGCACUCUGUGUUCAUGGUCUCAUUUGCUCCUGUGAUAUAAUUGCUAUUAUUACCCCUUGUUUUUCAGAUGGGAUAGCCGAGGCUUAGAGAGAAGUGACUUGCAUAGGGUCAUAAAGAGUUGACGUGGGAUUUCUGGCUCAAAGACCACUUGGAUAUUCUAGCUGGAUUGGAGAAAAGGGGUUGUGGGACUGGCAACUUCCCACAGGGAAUCAGGCCGGAGAAGUGAGCCUGAAGACUUAUCUUCUGUGGUUUCUCACUCAGGUGACUGGGCACUACAGAAAGGAAGCUGAAACAUUACUGCUCCCCUUCCUGACACUCAGAAUUAAAACCAUAGCCUCACUUAAUUUUGAUUCCUGUUUUACUGAUAAUGACCUUUUUCAGAGAGAGGAGGAGACCUGUGAGUUGAGAUAAAUAAUAAUAUUUUUGGUUGCUUUUUAAAACAGUUCCCUUUAUGAAAGUGAGCAGGAAUUAUCUUUGGCAGAGGAGGAAAAAAAAAAAAA